AUGUAUCACACUGUUAUUAAUGAAAUUCUAGUUCCACCAUCGAUUCGAGCUGAAUCUACUUUGGUUUACAGCACUGUUGGUAAAACAACGGAAUUGCGCUGUUCAGCGAUUGCGCCAUUCGACACCCAAGUCUAUUGGCGACGUUUGGAUAAUUCUACCCUAUCCAAAUUCGCCACCCAACAAAGGCAAAUACAUAACGAUGUGACACAAACAAGUUUAUAUCUCUCCGAUCUGGAAUUGCGUGAUUUUGGAUUUUAUGUAUGCGUUGCAGAAUCCCAAGCGGGACAAAAUCAUGCCACUAUUGAGUUACGAGAACAUCAUCGUUCAUCAAUGUCACAUCUACUCGACACAAACGAAGUAACAACAUCACGUAUGCAAAUACUUAAAAGAAAUAAAGUCUCUGAACCAAGCAUGAUUUCUGUUAAAGUUAAUAGUGCAUCGGCAACAUUCUUCGUCUCUAUAUUUCACUUCUCGUGUAUAAUCGUUGUCUUUGAUCUUACAUAA